AUGGACAGGAAAGCAUUCCUUGAUCAAGAACCACCUCCUGGCUAUGUUGCUGGUAUUGGACGUGGUGCUACUGGAUUUACAACAAGUGCAGAUACUGCACGGGUGAGAUUUGAAUCAGUUUAUGGUAAUGAGGACAACUCCAACGAAGUUGGUGAUUCUGAUGAGGGAAUUCUCUCGAAAGUUUUUAACAGAACAAAUGAAGAUGAAGAAGCAGAUCGCAUAUACGAAGAAAUAGAUCUGAGAUUACAACGAAAACCACAUCAAAUCAAAGAGGUUGAGAGCGGAGUGGUCGAAAUAGAGGCGGGGAAUGGAAUAAUCAAGAAGGAAUUUUCUCUUUACAAAAGAGAAUUGGCGAGUGUAAGUAUGGAUGAAUGGGCCAACUUACCCGAUGUUGGCGACAUAACAAGAAGAAACAAACGGCAGAGAAUCUUAAAUCAGCAAGUACAAAGAACUUACGCUGCUCCUGAUAUGCUAAUUGCUUCUGCUGGACAAGGAUUGAAACAAGGAUUGCUGCAAACCUCGCAAGAACUCGCAUCCGAGAAUAGUUCAAGUGUUAAAAUUGCUGACAUUGAGCAAUGGGAAGAAUCUUUUGGAAAAGUUGCCAAUGUGGAAAAGAGCAGACUGAUUUUUGCCUCACUACGACGUACAGAACCCUAUAAAGCAGACUCUUGGAUUGCCUCAGCACGAUUAGAGGAGCAGGCUAAAAAUUUUGAUAGUGCAAAAUCGUUAAUUCAAGAAGGGUGUACAAAGCUCCCUCAUAAUGCUGCUAUAUGGGAAGAAAGUAUUAGAAUUCACCGUAGAUCAGACGAGGGUAUAAAAAAGUGUAAAGCUUUAUUGAGCGAGGCGCUAAGACUUAAUUCAGGCUCUGAAAAAUUGUGGCUCCUAGGGGUGGACCUUGAGAGCCCAGCUGAUACUGUCUCGAAGAAAAAGAUUUUAAUGAGGGCACUCGAAUAUUUACCAGGAAACUCAACCCUCUGGAAAGCUCUUGUUGAUCUAGAGGAAGGUGCCACAGAAAAAGUUAUGUUGCUUAAAAGGGCUACCGAUAUUUGUCGGCAUGACUGGGAUUUAUGGCUCAAUUUGAUAAAUUUGUCAACUUACGUUGAGGCAAAAGCAUCCUUGAACAAAGUACGAAGACAUCUUCCCAAAGAGCACAAGGUCUGGAUUACUGCAUUGAAAGUUGAAGAGAGAGAAAAUCCAAAUGUUCCGGUACUGAAACUUGUGCUGAUGUUGAAGAAAGGAAUUUCCGAGCUUCAAAAAAACGAUGCAACCUGCGACAUUGAAUCAUGGCUCAAUGAGAGUUCGGAAGCGGAAGCAGAAGAUUUCGAUAGAACAUGUCAAGCUUUAGUGGAGUGUGCGUGCCUUUUUGUUCCCGACGUUGAUAAACUUGCGACUUUGAUUCUGUACGCGGAAGAACGGUCUGGUCGAACUUCGCUGUACAUUUACCAACAAAUUAUCAAAGAAAAUCCUCACGAUAUCGGAUCUUGGGUGAGGUUAUUAAAUUCUUUGAGACUGAUAAAGAAGGAAGAAGAUCUGCUUUACAAGUUUUAUGAGCAGGCUGUGAAGUUGAACCCAGAAGUGGAACUAUUUCCUUUGAUGUUCGCGAAGGAUAAAUGGAUCGUUUCCAAUGAUGUCAAGAAUGCAAGGAGGAUUUUGAAAGAUGGAAGUCGCGAACUACCUCGAAGCGAGAAAAUCUGGUUAGCGCGAGUCAAACUCGAAGUAAAAAGCUCGAACUAUAAAAACGCCUACCAAAUAUUAAAAGAAGCUCUCACAGACAACGAGGAGCUUUCUCCAAAGUUAUGGUAUGAGUUCAUACACCUUAUUAGAUUUUGUCUAUCCCGAAGUAUGGAUUUUGUGUCUUCAGAAGAACUCUUCAGGUUAUCUGCUACGGCUAUCGACAUAUUUCCAGAAUAUGUGGAAUUAUAUCUUCAACGAUCUCAAUUGUUAGUGGAUUCCAAUGAUGCAAAAGCAGCUCGUGAAGCUCUCUUGGUUGGUUCUCGCAAGUGCCCGUCUUCCGUUGAAAUUUGGUGUGCACUAGCAGACAUAGACAUUGGUCUUGGUGCCGUUGCUAGAGUGAGAUCAUUGUUGGAUACGGCUAUUCUUAAGAUUCCAGAUAGCGAUAUUCUAUGGAAGAAAAAGAUCUCCCUCGAGAUCGAUCAAAGAGAUAUGAUUUCUGCAAGACAAUUGAUUUCCAAAUGCUUGAAACAAUUUCCGACCUCACCGAACAUCUGGUUGCAGAAUUUGUCUACGAUUCAGAAACCUUCACACCGAAAGAAUGCAUUUCUAGAUGCUUUACGGCUGACUAAUAACAAUACUCAGAUUUUGUUAGGUAUCGGAGUAUUUUUUUGGAUGGAAGGCAAGUUCAUGAAAGCCAAAACCUGGUUUGACAGAGCAACCAGCGCAGACUCGAGGAACGGAGAUGCGUGGAGUUGGUCUUACUGCUUUGCAUGCAAGAAUGGAAUAGAGGCGGAAAAGGAGCAGGUAUUGAAUAUGUUGAUAAACAGGUACGAUGAAAUUGAUAGGGGAGAUGUGUGGCAUUCAGUUGUCGAGGACCAUCGGAAUUUAGACAAAUCGCCUUCUCAAAUAAUUGAAUUGGUGUCUCAAAAGUUGCUUGAAAGCACUAUUUAG